AUGGAUAAUAAUACGGAUUUUGUUUGUGAGACGAGUAUUAGUGAUAUGGAAGAGGAAAUAGUAAACAGUGAGCAACAAGUUAAUACAGCGGAAAGGAGAUUGACUACUGAAGUUUUACGAAUGCCAGAGAAACGGGUUCGCGAAGACAGUGAGGAGAUUAUAGAAGAUGAAGAUGGGUUUAUAACUGUUAGAAAAGGAAGUAAAAAGCAAGCACGAAGUUUUUCUGACAACUCGCAUAGUAGCAAAGGCGGUACUAAAAGUGUACAGUCACAGGGUAAUGUUGUCAGUAUUACGGGAAAAGAUAAAGUAUUACCAAAACAAUUUGGUCUUGCCAAGUUAUUAAAGUCGGAAAACAUAAUAAAUGUAAUUAAAAUUCAAUAUAAAAAUGCUUACAAGGCAAUUUUAGAAUUUGAAGACAGAGAAUAUGCCGAAAAACUAUUAAAAUGCCAAAAUUUACUUGAUUUAGGCUACCGGUGUCAAUUAGUAGAUGAAAUAAGUUUAUCAUAUGGGGUUGUUAAACAGAUAGAUCUAAAUAUAGAUGUAGAAGAAAUUGAACAUAGCCUAGAAUGUGACCUUGAAGUUGUCAGCGUGCGGAGAUUAAAACGCCUUGGAAUGUCUAGAGAAUGGGUGGACAGCGAAUCAGUUCGACUGUGUUUUAAAAGUUCUACCUUACCCCCAUAUGUGUCUAUGUAUGGCUGUCGGUUUAAGGUGGAACCUUAUAUGUUUCCAGUGACACAAUGCUCUGGUUGCUGGAGAUUUGGGCAUUUAAUAAAGUCUUGCCCGACAAAAAUAAUACGCUGCCCAAAGUGUGGGGAAAAUCAUAGUAACUGUGACACUACCAAUUACAAAUGUAUAAAUUGUAAGAUGCCACAUAUGGCUUUGGAAAAAUCGUGUCCAAUAUUUAAAAAAGAAAAGGAAAUACGGAAAAUUAUGUGUGAGAGGAACACUACAUACCGGAAAGCCCUGUCUGCAUAUUUAGAGAACAGAAAAACACUAGUAGAACAUCAAACGGAAAAGGAAAGUUCAAUUAAUACAUUUGAACAUACUAGUAAUGAAAAGACUUCAUAUCGAGACAUUUUAGUUAGAGAAACUCAGCAAGAAAAACAAACUCAGCCGAGAUCAGAACAAUAUAUUAAUAGCGAUGACGGAGGAGAACAGAGUAUGGAAGGGUCGGCAAAAUCGAUAAUACUGGAUAAACCUACACGAAAACAAACAAAAAAGAAAAACAACAACAUCAGAAUCGUUAUAAUACCACUAACAAUGAAGAUAGACAGGAAAGAAUACAAAACAAGGAUAAAUCCACAAUGCGUAUAG